GUUACUCUCUUUUGAGUAGAAUUGAACGAGCGUGUACGAUUUUUUGACAGCUGCUCGAGGGCAAAGGUUUUGCAAAGUGAAACUUUGUUCUGCGAGUGUUGAAUCCGAAAGGCAGACGUGUUUUAUUAGAAUUAAUCAGGCUUCCGCUCAGAAUGGAUACCGAUUUCGAACCGCUCGCCCCCAGCCUGGAAAACAUAAUCGACCAGGAAACGCUCAAGUGGGUUUUCGUCGGCGGAAAAGGAGGUGUUGGCAAAACAACUUGCAGUUGCAGCCUGGCCGUGCAGUUGGCGAAGGUACGGGAAUCGGUGCUGAUCAUCUCGACGGAUCCGGCCCACAACAUUUCCGAUGCGUUCGAUCAGAAGUUCACGAAAGUGCCGACCAAGGUGAAUGGGUUCAACAAUCUGUUUGCGAUGGAGAUUGAUCCUAAUGUGGGCCUGAACGAGCUGCCGGAUGAGUAUUUUGAGGGGGAGAACUCUGCGAUGAAGCUGAGCAAAGGGGUGUUCCAGGAGAUCAUUGGCGCCCUACCGGGAAUUGAUGAGGCAAUGAGCUACGCGGAGGUGAUGAAGCUAGUGAAGGCUAUGAACUUUUCGGUGGUGGUAUUCGAUACAGCUCCCACGGGUCACACACUGCGACUGCUGUCGUUCCCUCAGGUAGUGGAGAAGGGGCUGGGAAAGCUGCUGAUGUUAAAAAUGAAGCUGGCUCCGUUCAUAUCGCAAAUGGGAUCGUUGUUCGGAAUGCAGGAUUUCAAUGCCGACACGCUGACGGGUAAACUGGAGGAAAUGCUGACCAUCAUCCGGCAAGUGAACGAACAGUUCCGGAAUCCGGAUCAAACAACCUUCGUCUGCGUUUGCAUUGCCGAGUUCCUGUCGCUGUACGAAACGGAGCGAUUGGUGCAGGAGUUGACCAAGUGUGGCAUCGACACCCAUAACAUCAUUGUGAAUCAGCUGUUGUUCCGACGGGAGGGGCAGGCUCCUUGCGCGAUGUGCUCCGCUCGCUAUAAGGUGCAGGGCAAGUAUCUGGAUCAGAUAGCCGAUCUGUACGAGGAUUUCUAUGUGGUUAAGCUGCCUUUGCUGGACAAGGAGGUUCGCGGUGUGGAGAAUGUGAAAAAGUUUUCGGAGUAUCUGAUCAAGCCGUACUGUCCGAAUGGGACGAAUGAAACGCAAGAGCAGGACAAAUAGUAGGGAUCAGGAUUAUCAGAAUGUAAGACAUUAUGUAUAAAUUCCAGCUUAUCAACUUUUGUUUAGCAGCACGUCUUCUUUAGGUUUUUCGGAACGGUGUUCAGAUUAUGUCGCAGAUUUUGAUUUUCGCACAGUUCCGAUCAACAGGUUAUUUGAUAUUCAUUUCGUUUCAACACGAGAACAAAUUUCGGGUAAUAUAGCUGUACAUUAAAAGUGUUACAUGGUAAA